UGAUGUAGUCACAUGUUUACGGUUGGUCACAUGACUUUGUUUAAAGUAUCCUAGUGCUAGCAUAGCCACACAGCAAAUGUUACGGUUUCCAUUGUUUUGAGUGCACUGACAAUUAUGGCGGGGAUGGGAGAAGAGGAAGACCUUAUAACUGAAGAGGAUCCCCUCACUGGGCAGGGUGAUGGCAGCGCCCGGGCUAGAAGAUCCCCGUGUAGUGACCCGGCUCACUGGCUACACCGAAUUGUGGUUCUGGUGUUUAUGUGUUUCCUUGGGUUUGGAAGUUACUUCUGCUACGACAACCCCGCUGCUCUUCAGACGCAAGUCAUUCAGGACAUGAAGUUGAACACGUCCGGGUUCAUGCAGCUCUACGCCUGGUACUCUUGGCCCAACGUGGUGCUGUGCUUCCUGGGCGGGUUUCUCCUGGACAGAGUAUUUGGCAUCAGGUUAGGGACCAUCAUCUUUGCCUCAUUUGUGUUUGUGGGGCAGAUCAUUUUUGCCAGCGGCGCUCUGUUCAACCGUUUCUGGUUGAUGGAGGCGGGCCGAUUUGUCUUUGGGAUCGGGGGUGAAUCGCUAGCGGUGGCCCAGAACACGUAUGCGGUGAACUGGUUCAAGGGCAAGGAGCUCAACCUGGUGUUCGGCCUGCAGCUCAGCAUGGCACGACUGGGUAGCACAGUGAACAUGAACAUCAUGGGCUGGGUGUAUGACCGCAUAAAGGACCUGAUGGGCUCCGCUGGCCCCACCACACUGGGCAUCGCCCUCAUGAUCGGUGCGACUACCUGUCUGUUCUCCCUGGCGUGUGCCCUGGUGCUGGGCUUCCUGGACAGGAGAGCUGAGAGGAUCCUCAAAAAAGAGCAGGGCAAGACCGGGGAAGUGAUCAAGCUGACCGAUGUGAAGGACUUUCCGUUGCAGCUCUGGCUCAUCUUCAUCAUCUGUGUGUGCUACUAUGUGGCCAUCUUCCCCUUCAUCGGACUGGGACAAGUGUUCUUCAUCGAGAAGUUUGACUUUUCCCCUGCAGAGGCGAGAGCCAUUAACAGUAUCGUGUACAUCAUCUCGGCGCCGGCCUCUCCUGUGCUAGGCUUCAUGGUGGACAGGACGGGGAAGAACGUCCUGUGGGUGGCCUGUGCCAUCCUGGCCACGCUCACCGCUCACAUGAUGCUCGCCUUCACCUUCUGGAACCCCUGGAUCGCCAUGAGUCUGAUGGGACUGGCGUACUCUCUGCUGGCCUGUGCUCUCUGGCCCAUGGUGUCCUUUGUGGUGCCUGAGCAUCAGCUUGGAACGGCCUAUGGCUUCAUGCAGUCUAUUCAGAAUCUUGGCUUGGCUCUUAUCGCCAUGGCAGCAGGAGCCAUUUUGGACAACCGUGGUUACCUCUUCCUGGAAGUGUUCUUCUGUGCCUGCAUAUGCAUGGCACUGAUAGCGGUGGUGAUGCUCUACUUGGUGAAUCUAUUAAGAGGCGGGGAUCUGAACCUGUCCGCCUCAGCCCGGGCCAGACUGCAGAAGAGUAGCUCUGCACACUCCCAGUAAGAGAUCCACGCACAGCUGGGCCUCUGCCUGUGUGCACGGUGAUGCUCCUGCUCACUGGGUCUGCUUUGACUGUCACUGGCCCCCCGCCUAGCAGACUUGUUCCUCAGUGCCACAGAAAGUCCCCCAUUCUCAUCUCGGGUGCGUCACUCGGCAUUCUGGGAAACUAUGUCUCGUGUGUGUGUGUGUGUGUGUGUGUGUGUGUGUGCAUCCGGUCAUGGUACACACCAGAGUUCUUUUCCACUUUUUAUCGGACUUAUUCUACUACCCCACCACACAUCACACACACACACACACCCAUCCACCCCACACACACACACACACACACACACACACACACACACACACACACACACACACACACACACAUAGCGGACACUCUCAGGUGCCCAUCUUUGUCCUCAUCUCAGCAUCUCAGUCGGUUUCCAAAAGACUCCAGAAGACUCGUCCUAGUGUGUUUGCAUGUGUAGGGUCCCUAAAGGCAAGCCUUCACAUGAACACAAAUUAGGGAUGGGAAGUUCAUUUGAAAAUAAAAAAAUGACUAGUUAUUCCAUUAUUUGUUCAUGAAUGUGAUACAAACAAACCAAAAACGCUUUGUUUUUCAGACUUUUGAUUUUAUGGUCAAAUUUUUAUCGUUGUUCACAACAUUUUAAAAACGGCCUCAGGGCUGAAACUUUUAUAUUUAAUGUCUCUGAUUUCUGUGACCUGGAAGUCAAUCCGAAGUCACUUUCUUGGUCUUUUAGGUCACAUGAUACAUGUGUCAUCGUUGCCAAUUUGGCGACUUUUGGCCAUCCAUGGCGACAGAAAAUCUUGUCUCCGCGACUAGCGACAAAUUGGGCUACUUUUCGCAACGACAGCAAACUCUGUUUUGUUGUUGAAUCGUCAGAAAAUCAUCUCCCUUCUCAUGCUUUUUCGUUUGUGAACAUUGCGUUCGCCCAAAGCGUUGCCAAAGCGAGACACAGCACUCCAAAAGUCCUCCAUAGAAAUGCAUGGGGUUAGUUUGUAACGCCAAUAUGGCAGUUGUCUAAGCAUAUCACACCUAUCACCCUUCUGCGGCAAAACGUCAACAUAUAAAUACAUUGAGCCAAUCAUGUGCUGUUUUGUGAAUAUAUUGAGCCAAUCAUGUGCUGUUUUGUGAAUACCGAAAUAGCAUUAGAACCUUUAGAAUUAGUGUAGGCCAUGGGUUCCCAAACUCCAUCAAUGUGGGCCUCCCCUCUGAAAACAGUGACACCUCCGCGCCACUAUGCUAUGCAAUGCAAUGAGUUUUCAUCAUAUUUUCGACGUUUGGCUUUGUUGCCCAUAUUAGGCUCGUGCAGUGAUAAAAUGUGACAUCUGUUAGCUAUCGGAACGUCACAUAUUACCGUCAUGUAGCCUAUGUCCAACCUCUUACGUGUAUGUAUCACUUAUUCAUUUCUAUACAAACCAAGCUGUCGGAUUCCUAAAGAAACGCAAGCACCCACACCAUAAGUGUAUCUAAAUUAGCUAUGUACCAAAAAAUACAUUUUACCGUGACUCGAAGAGCUGUAAACAGUGUUGUAAGGCUGCUGAGCUCAAGCUCCAAGCUGCAAGUUACCGUUCACUGGUAACUUGCUGCUAGCUCGGCUGGCGGCACUGUUGCUAAAUUACGUUAUGAAGUUUGGCACAAUACAUUCUCACUCAGGAUAGGGAUCAAUAAUACUUUCCACUAUCCCAAAGAUUUAGUAUACAUCUCUUCUAUGAUUUAUUUCGAUUUUAUAAUGUUGACAAUUACAUAAUCAUUGAAAAAAAAAAACAUAGAUAGUUCUAACAUGAAAUAAACGUUUUUCCUUCUUUUUUGAAUCAACCUUCCGCGCCUCCCCUCAAAUUAUUUGCCGCCCCCCAGGGGAGGCGCGCCUCACAGUUUGGGAACCUCUGGUGUAGGCUGUCGGCUGAGGAAAGAAAGAUAGAUUCUGUCGGUCUGUCCGAGUGGACUUUUAAAUAUAGCCAUUGUCUUUAGGUUAAAAAGUGUGUAUUGCAAAGUUAUAAACAGCACUGCAAAACAGAAGCAGCAGCCGGCAAUGGAAGUCAAUAAAUAAUUUCUGGGUCAAAGAAAUCGGAACAAAAAUAAAUAUCAAAAUCGGACCCUGAGACCGUUUUUUAAAUCUACUUUUGAUGUGACCAUGAAACCAAAAAUCUGAAGAACAAAGCGUUAUUUGUUUGUUUGCAUCACAUUCAUAAACAAAUAAUGAAAUAAAAACUUUCUUUUUUUUUUUUUUUUUAUUUUGCAUUCUCAAUUGUCUAUCAAAUCAACCGAAUCAUACACGGAACCCUAACACACAUCCUCAAGAUCUUUGUCAAGGUCUAGUGACCAAAACUACUUUUAAAAAUACAUUUCCUUUUUUAGAUGAGCAUCAGUAAACAUACAGGUAAGCCCAAAAUUGUUCCAGAUUUUUAUAUAAAGCGCAGUUUUCUAUAGUUAAUUCCUGAUUUUUAUAUAUACAGUGCCAUUUUAUUUGGUCAGUGUUUUUUUUUCUGCCUAUAAGACAUGAACACGAGACAGAAAGAUGGUCUUGUGCUAGAGAGGAUGUAAAUGAAGCAUGGAAUAGUUCUGGGCUUAGCUGCGUAUCAGAAGCAAGUGUGCACUUUAUUGUAAGAUGAGCUGGGGGGGGGGGGGGGUGGAGCCGGACGCGAGUGCUCUCUCUCAGAGUGCUGUGCUAGGAAGGAGAGCAACUGAGGCAUUAUCUGAGCAGUGGAGGAUCAAGAGACCCAUGUGUGUGUUACAUUGUCCAGAAUCAGGUGCCUUUUGUCCUUUUGGUGCUUUACUUUUGUGUUGUUUUUACAUCUUUCUGAAUGUUUUUUGUUUUGUUUUGUUUUUUAAUUCAGAAGAUGAGUUUGUUUUUUUCAAAUGUAUAUUUUAAAGUACUCGUUUGGGUAUUUCAAGCUUUGUCUUGUCGUUGUUAAUGACUAUGAGUUAUGUGUGCUUUAUUUGGUCUCUUAGCAGUCUCAGACUUUUCAUCAGAUGGCAAGAAUCACAUGCACUUUACUCCUCCAGACAGACACACACACACACCCUCAUGCAAAGACAUACAGACACACACACACACUCAUGCAGAGACACACACACACACACACACACACACACACACACACAAACAAACACUCAUGCAGACACACACAUACACAUACACAUACACAUACUCAUGCAGACACACACACACACACACACAUACACACCGUUUAUUGUAGAAAUGGACAGUCGGGAGUGAACACAAACACAUAAAACACACAGUCACUGUAAAGCUGCCUUAGCUGUGACGGAUAUUGCUGCCACUGUCAUAUAUACAGUACAAUGUUUAUAACUGUUACGCCUCAAGUGUGAGCCUGUCACUGGAGAGUUUAAACUGCAAUGACACAUGACAGCAUAUUGGGUCGGCUACAUCUCAGUUAAGUUUAACCAUCUAUAAUUUUUAUUUUUUUUCCAUUGUGAAAUUGUUUUGCUUUUUCUCGGCACAGAGAGACUGAAACUGCCAUUUGUUGGAAAUCUGUUGCAGGUGAUACUACCAUGAUCUAUAACACACCAACCUGUCAGCUGAGAGGAAUAUUUGUAUAUCUUGAUCUGUGUCCAUACAUGGUGAAGCAAAGGUCACCAUGCAUUCUGCUAUCAAGCCUCGUCUGUAUAGAGCACUGUUGAUUGUCCUCCAUUUUUAAACACCCUCUCUCUUGUCCUGAAGAGAUCGCGUUCACUCAGGAAUGAAUUAUGAAUAAAUUAUUAUGAUUGCUUUGAA